AUGUCGGGGGAUCAGAUAGGAGAACCGACAAAGUCCCGACGACGUAUAAUCUUUUGCCGAAAGCGCAUCAGAGCUCGCGAUGUGCCGGCAAAAAUUGCAGAGGGAGUUCCGUCCGUGAUAUUGGGAGUCCUGCUCAAUGCACUGGACGCGGCGUCAACGGGGCUGUUGGUGUUCCCUUCAGCUCAAGAAGGACCAGCCUUUGCCAAUCUUCAGGUUGAAGCGAUGUCUCUCUACAUCAUGAGCACCAUCACCUCGCAGCUGGCAAUGACCUUGGGGGGCUCCUUGUUCCCUGGCGCUUUAGGGAGCAUGUUGAUUGAAAUCCUGCCGUUCCUUCGUGGUAUCGCUUCCGACAUACAAGGUGUGCUGGGCGAAGAGAGCCCAAAACUGCUUCCAACUGUACUUGCAGCGUACUCACUCACUAGCAUUCUCGUCGGAGUUUGUUUCCUUGGGUUAGGUCUAUUCAGACUCGGAUGGCUGGUUGGAUAUUUGCCACAUACGGUUCUCACUGGUGUCAUUGGUGCAAUUGGUAUCUCGCUAUUCGAACUUAGUUUACAGCUUACACUCCCCCCUACGGCCUCAGAAAUGAUCUCAAAGGAACAUAUGCCACUCCUUAUCGCAUCUGUACUACCGGCAGCGUUCUUGGUUAUAUCGUUACGCCUAAAAAGCCUAGCGAAAUUGACCGGCGGUUUUACAGAACAUGCGAUGUAUGUUCCUGCAUUCGUGUUUACUGUUGCUGGAAUCUUUUGGGUUGUCGUUGCAGCUCAGGGCAAGGCAAAUGCUGAAGGGAUGGAAGAUUUGGCAAGUCAGGGAUGGCUAUUCUCCCUUACAGCUAGCUCUUCCCCAGCUACAGGAUCUGCUUCCUGGAAUUACUGGAGGCUUUUUGACUUCUCAAUGGUCCAGUGGAGUGCUCUCAACGCAGCCACCCAAAAUAUUGUCUUGCUUGUGGUCAUUGGCGUGGUUAACCUUCCAGUAUUUAUUCCAGCUAUGGCAAUGAUGCUAGAUGAGCCCCAAUAUAGUAUGAACUGGGAGCUUAUAGGCCAUGGUAUUUCAAACCUAUUAGCUGGUGCUACCGGCUCAUUACCAAACCUGGUGGUACUUGCAAACUCCCGUCUCUUUACCUUUGCAGGUGGUGGAAGACCAGAAGCACUCGCUGUCACCGGCUUUACAUGUGUUCUCUUCUUUACUUCAAAACACCUGUUACCCUAUGUCCCAACAAUCCUUGCUUCAAUUCUGGUGUUGUUCCUCGGGCUGGAUUUGAUUACUGAAGCCCUCUGGACUUCAGCACACGAGUUACUAUGGAGCGAAUGGGCCAUUGUAUUGGGCACUGUGCUCGCGUGUACCUUUAUAGGAUUCCUUCCGGGAUUCGCCAUGGGCCUGGUAAUAGCCCUUGCGCUGAUGAUAAAGAUGUUAAGCUAA